AUGGAGAUUUCACAGAGCCACAAAGUCGCUAUCCUGGUGAAACAUGACGGCGCAUUUCAUUUUGAAACACGAACAGCACCCGUCCCAGAGAUAGGACCUACUGAUCUGCUCGUGCGACUAUCCGUAUCAGGGGUAUGUGGCUCAGAUUUCCACCUCGCAUCGGGCCAUUCUGGACCAACUCGAGAUAUUCUUGGUCAUGAGGGUGUGGGACGCGUGGUGAAGCUGGGCUCUGCAGUAUCACCGUCAUUCAUCGACAUCGGUUCGCGAGUGGGUAUUGCAUGGGUCCGCGAUAUCUGUGAGAAAUGCUUCUGCUGUCUUGCACCCGGAGGGGAAGCUCGAUGUCUCGAAAUGCUGUGCUCCGGUUUGAAAAGAGACGGGACAUUCGCAGAGUAUGCUGUCGUGCCGUCCAGAUAUGUCAUUCGCAUCCCGGAAGGUGUGCCUGAUCGAUUUGUAGCGCCUAUCCUGUGCGGCGGUGUCACUGCGUUCAAAGCGAUCAAGGUCAGUGAGGCUGUUCCUGGCCAGUGGAUGGCGAUAUCAGGAGCUGGUGGUGGCGUCGGUGCAUUGGGCGUUCAGUUUGCGAGAGCCAUGGGAUACAGAGUUAUCGCCAUUGACCUGGGCGUGUCGAAGCGGGAGUACUGUCUGGAGUUGGGUGCUGAAGCGUAUUUUGACGCCAAAGAAGUUGAUGCAGCGGCGAUUCAGAAGUUGACUGGAGAUGGUGCCGCAGCAGUGCUGGUCAUGGCCAACUCUAGCCGGGCAUAUGAGGCUGCACUCGAGUUCGUCGCCCCAUACGGAGCUCUUGUUUGUGUGGGCAUUCCACCACCGGAUCAGCAGGUAAGGUUCCAUCCAAUCCUGGGCAUCUCGAAGAACAUUCGCAUCAUCGGAUCUGCCGUGGGAACGAGGAAGGAUAUCUGGGACGCCAUCGAAUUUGUCAAGCGAGGUGUGGUAACGCCUCGAGUUCAGAUGGCCAGACUCGAGGAUCUGUCUGAUAUUGCACAGAAUUUCCAAAAGACGUCGGCCAAAUAUGUCAUUCGCUUUCGUGAGGAAGAUCAUGGAACUGGCCCCAGUGCAGAAGCCAACGGUCAUUGA